GUUGCGCUGCUUGAUCUGCCCUAGGGGAUUGGUCUCCACUCGCCAGACCGGCCCCACAUUCUCUUGGCCUCUGCAGAGGAAUGAAGGUCUCCCUUUGGAAAGCAAGGUGCAAAGAUGCAAGAAGAUCACAGAGCCCCUGGCAUGCCUGGGAUAGGGUGAAGGGAUCGAGGCCCUUUGGCCUUGAUGCUCAGAAUCCUUCCCGGUUCCCUGGGAGAGCACAGCCAGGGAGCCCGUCUGGGUGCAUGGGGCCAGCGCCCUCUAGGCAGCGGAAGUGGUGCUGGCUGUACAUCCGUCUCCGCCUCACAGAGUUGAGAGAAGACUGGCUGGUGCGGGAAAAAUGCAAGGGAAAAGUCUUUGCAUCAUGUAGAGCCAGCAGUGGGGCUCCGGGAGCAGCGCCCCAAGGUCUGGGGCCAUGAACGCCAGCGGAGAGGGAGACAGCUUCUCCGGAUCAGUGCAAAUCCCAGGAGGCACCACAGUGCUGGUGGAACUGACACCGGACAUCCACAUCUGUGGCCUCUGUAAGCAGCAGUUCAGCAACCUGGAUGCCUUUGUAGCCCACAAGCAGAGCGGCUGCCAGCUGACCACCACACCGGUGACGGCCCCUAGCACGGUCCAGUUUGUGUCAGAGGAGACAGUGCCUGCCACCCAGACCCAGACCACCACAACGACCAUCAGUUCAGAGACUCAGACUAUCACAGUUUCAGCUCCAGAGUUUGUCUUUGAACAUGGCUACCAAACGUACCUGCCCACGGAAAGCACUGACAACCAGGCAGCCACCGUGAUCUCUCUCCCCACCAAGUCACGCACCAAAAAGCCCACAGCACCCUCGGCUCAGAAGAGACUCGGCUGCUGCUAUCCGGGUUGCCAGUUCAAGACCGCCUAUGGCAUGAAGGACAUGGAGCGACACCUGAAGAUCCACACUGGUGACAAACCCCACAAGUGCGAGGUGUGCGGGAAGUGCUUCAGCCGGAAGGACAAGCUGAAGACGCACAUGCGCUGCCACACAGGCGUCAAGCCCUACAAGUGCAAGACGUGCGACUACGCGGCGGCCGACAGCAGCAGCCUCAACAAACACCUGCGCAUCCACUCGGACGAGCGACCCUUCAAGUGCCAGAUCUGUCCCUAUGCCAGCCGCAACUCCAGCCAGCUCACCGUGCACCUGCGCUCACACACAGACUCUGUGCUCGACAACGAUGUCCAGAAACCAGUGGGCCUCCCUGCUGAAGACAGUGAUGCCCAGCUGGGCCCUGCAGUCGCUCUGCCCUCAGAAGCAAAGGGGCGAACGACCACCCUUGGAGAAAGAACUUUUAACUGCUGCUAUCCAGGCUGCCAUUUCAAAACAGUUCAUGGCAUGAAAGAUUUGGACCGUCAUCUAAGAAUCCACACCGGUGACAAGCCUCACAAGUGUGAGUUCUGUGACAAGUGCUUCAGCCGGAAGGACAACCUGACCAUGCACAUGCGCUGCCACACAAGUGUGAAGCCACACAAGUGCCACCUGUGUGACUAUGCGGCUGUGGACAGCAGCAGCCUCAAGAAGCACCUGCGCAUCCACUCAGAUGAGCGGCCAUACAAGUGCCAGCUCUGUCCCUAUGCCAGCCGCAACUCCAGCCAGCUCACAGUGCACAUGCGCUGCCACACAAACUCUGUGCUCGACAACGAUGUCCAGAAACCAGUGGGCCUCCCUGCUAAAGACAGAGAUGCCCAGCUGGCCCCUGCAGUCGCUCUGCCCUCAGAAGCAAAGGGGCGAACGACCACCCUUGGAGAAAGAACUUUUAACUGCUGCUAUCCAGGCUGCCAUUUCAAAACAGUUCAUGGCAUGAAAGAUUUGGACCGUCAUCUAAGAAUCCACACCGGUGACAAGCCUCACAAGUGUGAGUUCUGUGACAAGUGCUUCAGCCGGAAGGACAACCUGACCAUGCACAUGCGCUGUCACACAAGUGUGAAGCCACACAAGUGCCACCUGUGUGACUAUGCGGCUGUGGACAGCAGCAGCCUCAAGAAACACCUGCGCAUCCACUCAGAUGAGCGGCCAUACAAGUGCCAGCUCUGUCCCUAUGCCAGCCGCAACUCCAGCCAGCUCACGGUUCACCUGCGCUCCCAUACAGGGGACACCCCCUUCCAGUGCUGGCUCUGUAGCGCCAAGUUCAAAAUCAGCUCGGACUUAAAGCGGCACAUGAUCGUGCAUUCGGGAGAGAAGCCUUUCAAAUGCGAGUUCUGUGACGUCCGUUGCACCAUGAAGGCGAACCUCAAGUCCCACAUCCGUAUCAAGCACACCUUCAAGUGUCUGCACUGUGCCUUCCAGGGCCGGGACCGGGCCGACCUGCUAGAGCACAGUCGCCUGCAUCAGGCCGACCAUCCUGAGAAAUGCCCUGAGUGUAGCUACUCCUGUUCCAGCCCAGCCGCCCUGCGCGUACACAGCCGAGUCCAUUGCAAGGACCGGCCCUUCAAAUGUGACUUCUGCAGCUUUGAUACAAAGCGGCCCAGCAGCCUGGCCAAACACAUCGACAAGGUGCACAGAGAAGGUGCCAAGACAGAGAACAGGGCCCCGCAGGGCAAGGAUGGGCCUGGGGAGAGCAGCCCCCACCAGGUGGCCGACAUCGUCACCCAGAGGGCCUUCGGAUGUGACAAGUGUGGUGCCUCCUUUGUCAGGGAUGACUCUCUGAGGUGCCAUCGGAAGCAGCACAGUGACUGGGACGAGAACAAGAACUCAAACCUGGUCACUUUCCCCUCAGAAGGCAUUGCUUCCGGGCACCUUGGCCCCCUGGUCUCUGUGGGGCAGCUAGAGAGCACUCUGGAGCCCAGCCAUGACCUCUAGAAAAGGAAGCAUGGGCGGUCUCUCAGGAAUCUGAACAAGGCCGAUGCCAGCCCUUCACGGGGACACCGUAGGGAGGAUCUGUCCUUCUCUUCCAGAGCUGGCAGUCCGGUCCUCCCCAGCCUCCAGCAGCAGAGCGGCUAACCCACGAGGGCAUCGGUGUCAACACAAGGCCUCGGGGACGAUUGCCCACAGCUCAGUUCCCUCUCUUCACGUAUUCCCUGAGCACCCUGUGGCCUCCGCCAUCCAAAGGUGGGGACCAUUAAGCACAAGUCUACCCCCAUGGGGAAAGUCGCUGCAUGUGAGUUGAGACUGGAAAACUGACUGUUCUCUGGAGGAGUUAUUAAACUGGCAUGCCCACCACACUGCAUGUGAACUGAGCUGUGUGGGGGCAGAAAGGAGUCCGUGCCCUGUCAGGGUGUGUAGUAAAAUCCUGUCUUAACCUGGGUAGUGGCUGCUAGUAUUAGCCUUAUAUAUUUGUGGUGUUUC